AUCGCGAAUCUGUCAUCUUCAUCUGACGUGUGCCUCUACUGUAAUCGGAGUUUUAUUUUCAAAUUUACCAAAAUCGCCUUGAUUUUUUAAAAAAUUCAAAUUGAUCUCAAUUUUUGAGCUGUAAAAAUGAAAAUAACGGUAAAUUGGCUACUUUCGGUGCUUUUUGCGACACUUUUGCCGGGCAUUCUCUGUUUGCAGAAGGAGAUGACCAUAAUCAUUGCUCCCGGGGGGAAGGAUUGCUUCCACGAAAAUGGCCUCACUGGUCAGAUGGUGGAUUUGGAGUAUCAGGUUAUUGACGGGUCGCACGGUGAUUUGGACAUCAGCUUCGAUUUGACGGACUCGUCCGGGCGGUUGAUAUUUGCCGAUUACAAAAAGUCCGACAACAUCCACCGGUACAAGCUGCCCCAGGACACGGAACUGACGUUCUGCUUCAACAACGAGUUCAGCCGGAUGAACAGCAAGACGGUCUUUUUCGAAAUUAUUAUCGAACGUGAAGACGAGGACGCCGGAUGGAGCAAUUUCGAUAUUCUUGAAGGGCUUAGCCCAGAGGAAUUUUACGACAUGAAGGUGCAGGACAUUGAGGAUAUUAUAAAGCGCGUUCGCAACAAUCUGACCAAGGCGCGCCAGUUCCAGGACAUGCUGCGGUCGCACGAGGCCCGCGAUCGAAACAUGGCCGAGGAAAACUACUUCAAGGUGAACGCGUGGUCCUUUUUUCAGAUCAUCAUAAUGCUCGGCGUAGGCUUCUGCCAGGUCGUGAUGGUGAAAAGUCUCUUCGACACGGAAUCAAAAGCGCACAAACUGUGGAGCAAAAUGUAAGUUGGUCUUUACUUCCCGGCCGAAUCUCACCGAGUUUUUUGCUCCUCCUCUUGUUCCGAAAAACAAUCGGUUUUUAUUCUGCUCUCUGUCUCAGUCAUAUUUAACUUUUCCUGCUAGAAAAAAAAAACAAACACGUUUCCCAGUAAAUUUAAAAUGUGCCAUUGAAUAACACAAAAAAACGGUACGUUAAACGAACUCAUAGCGCAAAGGAUCUUGUCCAAAUACCAAAGUUUUUAGCAGGUGCGAGUGUGUCAAUCGAUAAAUAUACACAGCGUCGGUUUUUA